UUUCCUUCGCCAUCGAAUUGCGUAUUGCACAUUACUUCCUGAUUACGAAUCCUGUGGAGUUGGCUGUCUUUGUACACCAAGUCAGCUAUUCGACGAUCGUGCAUUCGUGUUGUGGGACUCUGGAAACGACCAAGAGAAAAAAAGGUGCUGCUGCGUGCGAAACAGGUUUACGUUUGAUGUGAGACCCUUCGGAGCUGGAAGCGAAAAUAGGAACUUGCUUCGCCGUGGACUGCCGUUGUUAAAAAAGCGAUCGGCCUGCAGUGGGGAGAUAUUAAUAUUGCGCGUUGAUUGCACUGCGUGGGAAAUAGAGUUGCAGAGUUCAAGUAGUGAGAGCGGAGUUUCUUUUUUCAAUCCUGUGGGUCUUGGAGUUCUCCUUUAUCAACCUGUCUCCGUAUUCUUGUUUGAAGUAAUCCGGUUUGUGAGCUUCUUGAUUGCUGCAAACCCCACAUACAGGCGUGGCAAAAAGUUCGUGUGCCAAGAAUUGAUUCAGGGAAGAUUCACGUAUCGAUCGGUGUAGAAGCUUGGACUUGAGGAAGUUUCAAAGCCAUGGCUACUUGCGGUUUGUUCCAGCCACCGAUCACAGCAGGAGUUGCCAGCCAAAGUCUUCUGAGGGUACAGAAUGCAAGUUCUGCUCCCCUACCGUGUCCAAGCUCCGCUUUGGUCUCUUCGGCUUCUCACCUGAAGAUUGCGGCAGCGGCCAUGUGCAGCAGCGCCUCCAUCAAGAAGCAAGGAUGCGGGCACAAAGAUAUAAAUUCUCAAUUCUGGAACAUGGAGAGCCGACUAGGCCUUCUUGCGAGGACCAAUGUUCUGGAGGUGGCGCACCGGUCUGGAUCUCCUAAUCCUGUGACAGCUAGGUUAUUCGGUCCAUCAAUAUUCGAGGCUGCUAAGUUAAAGGUUCUUCUGCAAGGAGCUGCCAAGAAACACCCUGAAGAGUUACCAAGGGUGUACACCCUGACACACAGUGAUGUCACUUCGAAGAUAACCUUAGCCAUUUCCCGUGAGAUAAAUAAGGCACAGUUGAAAGGAUGGUACAGUAAAUUACAGAGAGACGAAGUUGUGGCGGAAUGGAGGAAAGUGCAGGGAAAAAUGUCACUUCACGUACACUGCCACAUAAGCGGCGGUAACGUAUUGCACAACUUGAUUGCAAACUUGCGCUUCUACAUCUUCCGUAAGGAGCUACCGGUGGUUUUGGAAGCAUUCAGGCAUGGUGAUGAAGAACUUUUAAAGGAAUACCCAGAUCUUGAUAACUCUUUAGUGUGGGUGUACUUCCACUCCAAUGUCAAUGAGUACAACCGCCUGGAAUGUUGGGGUCCACUUGCUGAGGCUGCAAAGGGUGAAGAUGAGGCGAAAGAAGUUAUACAUCAUGCUAUGGAGGAGAUUGAAAAGAAGUGGCCUAAGCAGCUGUGGCCAGGCAAAACCUGCGAAGCGCCCUGUGAUUGCUGCUCCCGACAUGGGACCUUGAUACCAGUACCAAAGACAUUCGAGUUGCUUCAAAUGCAAGAGGAACAAAAGCGUUCGACAUAGCUCCACUGUGGAGCUAUUUUCACUCCUAUUUUGUCGAACAGCAUCAUUCCGCAACAAUGUGGCAGUGUACCUACGAACCACGACAACGUGAAAAGCCAUAGCACAGAUAUUUGUCGAUAUUCAUCAAUGGAGGUGGUAAGGGUGGAGCCUAUCCAUUUAGAUCACCAUCGACGGUCAAUUUCCACAUGGUGGCUUCGAUGAUUGGACAUCUACUAAAAACUGUACAUAUACAACGACCAACCUGCGCUUCGCUUUAGCGAGGCGGCCACGAUAAAAAAGAACUGGGUGGUUAGAUUGGCAGUCAUACUUUUAUCCUUUGUAGUUACUUGUUCGAGGCUCCGAAGUCCUGGAGUCCUGGGUUUCCAUUCGUGAUGGCCGCUGCGAAAUCUGAGAUUACACGACAGUGGAGGACAAUCAUUGUACAAAGUUUAGAUACCACUCUAUUUCAAGAUUGAUGGAACUUACAAUGUCCACAAGGCAUAAUUGUGAAACACAAAGACGAUUGUUCUACUAUGUGAUGAUUUGAUUACUACCAUUGUGCAUUAAAAUCCUUGCUUCAUUCUAGACCUACGAUGCUAUCAAUGGGAGUUAACCAAUUGUCCAAAGAAGGUGUUCCGUCACAGAUCAUCAAAUGAAAUAAAGUGAUCCAAGUGAA